GCCGGGCGGAGGGGGCGGUGCUGAACGUCCGCCACGGGGUCUGGUCGCACGGCAACGUCCCAACGCGGAAAGAUGGAGGCCCGCAGCCCCAGGGAGCUCGAGGCCAGGAAUUAUUUGGAGAAACAUCGGAUUAUGGAGUUGCUAAACUAUCUCACCAGUGCCCUCCUCUUUUUCCGGCCGGAAAAACCAAGACAGUAUUUAAUAUCUAUAUUGGAACGGCUGAGAAUUGCCAAAAUAGCAGGAGUGGCUUUGCCUUUCUUUAUGGAUAACUCUAACAUUGCGGCUAUGUUUGAGAUGCUGGACUCCUCAAAUAGAGGCACCAUAUCAUUAACACAGUAUAAGGAAGCCCUAAAAACCCUGGGUCUGUGUACUGCAGAUGAAGUUUUCAAAGAUGAUGGACAUGGAAUACCCUUUGAAAAAUUCAGGCAUGAAGUGAACAAGAGGACUCUGGAAAUAUGGUCAGCAUUUUAAUAACAUUCACCAUAUGGAAGUUGCCGGGCCAAGAACUGAACCCAGCUACAAGCAGCGACCUGAACCACUGCAGUGACAAAGCCAGAUCCUUAACCUGCUGCACCACAAGAUGCACAUUUUUAAUUAUUAAUUGAUGCUGUAUAUAUUUAACAUCGCUAGAACCCUAAAGUGUUAAAAAAAAAAAAGGAAUCAACCUCCUCUAAUAAUUUGAUACAUCAAAAUUAAUUUUUAAAUAUUAGGCUUACUGUUUAAAAUAAUUUUCUGGUCUCUUGCAAUAGUGGGAAAACAAAGGGAAAAGGUUCCGAGUCAUGUCAAAGUGCAGCUGAGCCGCUCCUCCUUCAUUGAAAUGAUUGGCAAGAAUUAUCUGAAAAAAGGAACAAUUCAUAUAGCAGUCACCUUUAUCACCACAGUCCCCAUUACAGUCUGCUCUUACUUACUUCUUGGUAGAUGUAUAUGUCCAGCUUCUCUACAAGCAUCUGCCAGAAAAUUUUAAAUAAGGAGAAGCAAAGCUGCUGCUCCAACUGAAGUAAACGGUCUCGUAGAGUAAGCAGCAGUGGGCAAGCCGAGCUGGACAGGGACAUCACCGCCUGCUCUGACUGAGACGGCAAGGACAACCACCUAGAAAAAAAGGAACAGUGCUGCUUGAAGCACAUUAAUUUUUAUUAUGAAAUCUGUCAUCACUCUAUUUCUAAAGAUUUUACAAAUCAUUUUAAAUUUGGGGAAGUGCACUGUCCUGUGGCAUUUUGGAUAAGAAAAAAUGCACAGUCCAACGUUAAAAGCUCUCUUAGAAAGUUAAUGUACUUGUGUUUACACUAGUUCUCAUAUGUAUACUAGUUCUUAAUGAAAUACUUUUUACUUAAUAAGGAUGAUAAAUUUUUUAAAUCCCCAAUUUCAAUAGGACUCACUGAUAUAAAACACUUAAAAUGCAACAUGCAUUAACAUUUGAGAUAUCAGCUAAUUUUAUGCUCUUAUUUUCAGCAAAACAACAGGGACUAAAAACACUUUCAAACUGGGAACGAGUGCUCUGUGUCAGGACAGUGCUGGGACAGACACUGCUUGCUCUCAAGGGGCUCACAGGCUAGAGUGGUAACAGGCGUCACAGGGCAUCGUGACAGUGGACUAAAGGAUAGUGCAAGCAUGCACAGGCACUCGGAAGUACCUUGCUUUGAAAAUGG